GUGUUAUUUAGUUUAUUUUCUCCCUGCGUUCAGCGUUUGGUGGCUAGACCGAGAGGAUUCCUGACAUGGCACGCGACGGCAGCUUCUGCGGGCUGGCGGCUUUGGCGGCGACGGUGAUCGUCCUUUGCUGUCUUGUCAUUGCAGGAGGCCAAACAAGCCCAGGAGGCAAAGGAGGCGCCGGAAGCGCAGGAGCCCCAGGAAACCCAGGAGGCCAUGGAGGCCAUGGAGGCAACGGAGGUGCCGGGGGCCCAGGAAGCCCAGGAGGCGCAGGAGGUGCAGGAGAUGCCGGGGCCCCAGGACUCGCCGGGAGCCCAGGAGGCGACGGAGGCGAUGGAGGCGAUGGAGGCCAAGGAGGUGCCGGAAGUACCGGAGGCGAUGCAGGCCCAGGAGGCGCAGGAGGUCCCGGAAACCCCCCCGGACGCACAGGACAACCCGGACGCGCAGGAGGCCCCGGGAGGCGAUGAAACAUUUAGCUGCGACACCAAAUGCGUAUCUUGCGACCGGGUAACUGGCGACUCAAUCUCUCACGCAAAAGGAGGAAAGCAGGAAGGCAGCGCUGGAGGGAUGGGGUUCGGCUUCUACUCUGCCGCAACUGCGUACUUGUACUUUGCUCGGCUGCGAGCAGUCGCGCGCACGGUAUCUUGAAAGUGAUCUCCACACGGCUCUUAGCUUUGUAUGCGCUGUGCUUUCGUCGCUCAGUUUCCGUUGAAGCAAUAGACCGCAUGAACCUUCGCUCGCUGUGGCCGCACUUGCUAAAGCCAGCGUUUUGACAGCGGUCUGCGGUUAUUGAGUGUGUUCUAUUCAUGUUCGCUUGUGCGCGCUGACGCCAUGCUUAUUCAUUCAGUUAGUAAGCGAAUCUGUCCAAGUUUAUGCAGCCGAUAAAACUACUAUUUGUACUCUAUAUAGCUCUCUAGUAAUUUGCUAUCGCAAUUGCUGCUUCUGCUUUCUGGCGAAACUGCAACUUUUUUAUGCACCCGGUUGUUUUGCGUUACUUUGGCGGUUUUAUUCUUUUUGUUUUUUGCUGGACGCAACAAAAUGUUUUGCUGGACAACAACAAAAUGAAAUGUGGCCAAACCAUUGCCACAUCUGGCCAAGAAUUGCUCACCCACAACUUUGUCUAGAACUCCUUUACAUGUUUUUUCCCGUUUCGGACAGCUCUAUCCAGCUCUCAAAAUGGUUUGUCAGAUGGCAUGGGAACUGCUUUCCCAUUUCAAAAUCUUCUGUCUUGCACAGUCUGAACUUUCCUGAAAACCUUCAGCAGUCAACUUGAACCUCUGCAAUAAAGCUUUUUGUACUUUGUCA